GACCUCUGAAGAUGAGAAACCCAGCUGUCACCAUGAAGACACUUGUACUGCUCACUCUGGUGUGUUUCCUGCAAGUCAGCGUGUGUUCAGUCGUAAACACCUUGUUGAAGGUUUGCUGCCCCGGCAUCGGAAAAAUAUGUAUCCCAUUUGAAAAUGUCCAUCAUCUAGAAACAACAUCAAAGAGCUGCAAGCCCAAAGCCAUUAUAGUCAAAACAGUGAACGGUAAAAGUGUUUGCCUCGACCCCAGCUGGGUGUGGACAAAAUAUCUGUUGGAAAAAUCAUCAGGCAACAACCCAUCUCCACCGGAAUGCUGUAUAAAACAUAGGGUUGUUGAAGUCCUGUGAAGAGGAAGUUCCUUCAUGUCAGUUUUUGCGUAAUGCUCUGUCUGCUCUACAAUGAGGACCAGGGGGUGGUUAAAACAACUGUAGGAAACAUUUUGUACAUUAGAAAUGUUUAAUUGCUGUACCUGAACAAAACAUAUUGACUUUGUGUUAAAAAGUGAAAAAUAUAAUUAGCGGAAUAUCUGACAAUGUAGACAUGUGGACAUUGGGGGCGGUACCUCUGGAUUGUUGGAACCGGAGGGUGUGUUCCAACUAUCGGGGAUCACACUCCUGGUCCUGGUCGUGGAAAUGUGGACCAGCUCUUUACUCUCAGCAGGGUCCUUGAGGGUGCAUGGCUUCAUCUGGCCAGGAUCUUCAGCUCUCACUGGAUCGGUUCGCAACCGAGUGUGAAGCGACCGGGAUGAGAAUCAGCACCUCCAAGUCCGAGUCCAUGGUUCUCGCCGGGAAAGUGGAGGAGUUCAAGUGCCUAGGAGUCUUGUUCACGAGUGAGGGAAGAGUGGAUCGUAAGAUCAAAAGGCAGAUCGUUGCGGCGUCUUCGGUAAUGCGGACGCUGUAUCGAUCUGUUGUGGUGAAGAAGGAGCUGAGCCAGAAGGCAAAGCUCUAUAUUUACCAGUCGAUCUACGUUCCCAUCCUCACCUAUGGUAAUGAGCUUUGGGUUAUGACCGAAAGAACAAAAUCACGGGUACAAGCGGCCGAAAUGAGUUUCCUCCACCUAAAAUAUCGGGUGAGAAGCUCUGCCAUCCGGGAGGAGUUCAAAGUAAAGCCGCUGCUCCUCCACAUCGAGAGGAGCCAGAUGAGGUGGUUCGGGCAUCUGGUCAGGAUGUCACCCGAACGCCUCCCUAGGGAUGUAUUUCGGGCACGUACAAACGGUAGGAGGCCACAGGAAAGACCCAGGACAGGUUGGGAAGACUAUGUCUCCCGGCUGGCCUGGGAACGCCCCGGGAUCCCCCGGGAAGAGCUGGACGAAGUGGCUGGGGAGAGGAAAGUCUGGUCUUCCCUGCUUAGGCUGCUUCCCCCGCGACCCGACGUCGGAUAAGCGGAAGAUGAUGGAAUGUUUUCACUGCUGCAAUAUGUUGAAGACCAAUAAUAAAUAGCUCCCAGAGCCACACUUUGGACCGCCCUUGUGCUGUAGGUUUGCCUCACACUGUUUCAGAAAUAUUCGUUUUUUUAUUUGUAAUGCUUUGUUAUGCUUUUAUUACAUUUCCUAUCCAAUGUGUAUUUUUGUAUUUUAAUCAUGUUUUUUUUUUUUUUAAUGUGUGUCUGUUGUGAAUACUGCUUGUACAUUGUUUGUAUAUGACGUAACAUCACCUGUGUCAGGAGCAAAUAUUUUUGCUACUUGUUAGUAUUGUUUUGGAUAUUCAUUUAGAUAGGAAUGUUUCAUUAGGUGACAUUUUAAUACACUGUGAGGAGACAAAACUGCCAAUAAAUGACUCAGUUAUUAUAUGAUGGUAAUAUAUGAUGGAUUCCACAUCCUGAUUUGAUGACUGCUGCUGUCACAAUAAAUGAGUCAAAGACCGCACGUAAUUGUAGUGAACAC